AUGCAAGAGAUUGCUGAUUUUCUUGGUUUAGAUUUCGACCUUUUCCCUGUUGUCUCCAGAUUUGAUAGAAAAUUACUCAACAAAUAUAAUCUUGCCGAUGAUAUAGAUAUUGAAUUUGAAAUCUCCAAAAUAAAAGGAGAAAUUUUAACGGAAAGUGACGAAUUUAAACUAAUUAAAUCUACUUAUCCAAUCAAUACGCAUGGUAGAGUUAAUAAUGGACUCAUCAAAUCAUAUAGCAUUGAUCGAACAACUAUGAUACAAUGGAUAACGAACGAUAAUUCAUCAGAUAUUCCCGAAAGUGCACUCCCAUUUGAACGUCAAGAAUUAUUAAAUUCCACUAGGAGGAUUCUCGGACAUAAACAGGAGUGGGAUUAUAAUUAA